AUGUCAUAUCCAAGCUUUAUGGCCUUCAUACUUGGAAAUCUUUUUGCCAUCACCACAGUCUUGGUAAAGCAUAAAACGAGACCCGGAAAAUCUUUCUUUCAGGAACGUGGAACGGUACCUGCUCGCUCGCAAGCUAAUACUGUCGAGAUUGCCCUCCACGGAGCUACGUACUCUGCUAUGUAUCAUCCCUUGGGAAUGGGGAGUUGA